UAUUAUUUAGUUAAAUGAAGUAUCACAUAACUGUUAUAUCGAAAAAUAUUAUGGUGAAGUAUAUAUUUUUAGGUAGUCAUGGCGUUAAUGAAAUCUAAGGAUGUGCCGAAAGAUGCUGUUGUUUUAAACGAAGAGGAAGCAAUUUCAUAUGUUUGGGAUCUUAUAAGUAAUUGGGACUCGAUAUCAGAUGUGUGGGCAUUACGUUACGGGCCGACAUUCCUCGGAGGACUCAAUGCUUUCAGCGGAAUACUUAUAAACAGUCAUUACAGGAAUAAAUUGAAGCUUGGUACAUAUGGAUUCUACUCGUCAGUUAUACCCAUCACUCUGAUGCCAGGACUCAUGACUAUAUUGUUUCACAGACAUAUAAUACUGUCGGACAUGUUGUUGAUGAAAAAAGACACAUGCCCGGUGUGCUACGAGGUCAAGUCGGCUGCUAUACAACUGGGCUUUGGGGUGGCAUAUCCGAUGAUACUUGGUCCUACAUCAGCAUUGAUGUUUGCUCAUAGAUAUAAUACAUACAGAGUACCGAAUCUGACAGAUGGUGUAACUGGACUUUUCCAGUUUUUGAAGAAAAUCACCAAACGGUUCCACAGUACUCUGGCCUUUUUGACUGUUAUGCAACUCGUAUCUUCGUCAGUUGUCACAUACUUUGAAAUUAGGAACAAUGUCACGUUUAGAAGAAAAUUAUUAGAAAUUGAGAAGGAACUUGAAGAUAGAGAAAGUUAACAAGUUAUAAUAUAGUUGUUUUUUUAAUGUAGAUAUGAAAUGUAUAAUAAUGUUAUGAAUAUUAUUAAAUAUAAAUUAUAGGUAAUUUGU